AAAUUUCAAUUGUUGAUUUGUUGUUGUAGUUUGUUAAACUCGGCCAAGUGCUCCACUCGGGUCGUGGGCACGUGGAGAUGAAGAAAUAUACUAAAACUGUUUUAAUCAUCUAGUCUGACAAAAUGGAAGAACAGGAGUGUGAAAUCGUCUUUGUAUCAAACGAAUCGCCAAAGAAGGAAAAUAUCCUUGAGGCCCUUACUAAAUACAAAUUGAAGCAACAAGAACAGCAACAGCAUACCAUGGAAACGAAAGCCGGUCCGUCGAAGGGAAACGUAAUAUUAAAUGAUUCCCCGGCAUUGUCAGUGAAGGGUGAAGUAUCAAAUGAAACAUCUAAAGGAAGAAAAGGAAAGAAGCUUAGUUUAGAGAAGCAAUCGUUUGUCAAACCCUUAGUGACAAGGAAGUCACAAUUUACAGCAAUAAAUGUAAAGCAGUACGAAAACAAAAGAAAUAGACUACUAAUGAAACAUCUGAAAAAUGCAGCAAAAAGUGAAAACAAACUACACUUGGAAAAUGAUUUUGAAAUUGGCAUCACUGAAUAUAUUUCUCAAGGACGAGGCUUUUCUGCUGAUAUAAAUCACUCUUGCUCUGAUUUCCAGGUACAUGAAAUCAGUUUAGAUGGAUCAGUUGUUCAUUUAACAAAAAUGAACAAUCCUCUUAUCAAACCUUUUCCUUGUAAGGGAGAGUUUGUCAUAACACCUGAGCAAUUAAACAGCAUUGAUGACAUAAUGUUAAAAACAGAUGAUGAUGAAGAGAUUAAAACUACUGAAAUUGAUAUUACAGAUAUAAGUGAAAAUCAGAGAGACAAUCUCCAGAAAAUUCUGAAAGAGAAGUUUCAUGUCCAUGAGCCUGUGUAUGUUGGUAAACAACUAAUCUUGAAGAUUUGCAAUAUGCAAGAUGAGAUUCGCCGCCAAGAUGGAUCACUUGAUUAUGUUCAAUUCACUAUGUACGCAGAAAAGAUAAGCACAAAGACAGCAAUCGACAAUAUCGCAACAAGUCUCAGAAAAAGCUCAGACUGCUUUAUGACUGCUGAACACAACAUUGGAAGAUCAAAAUCAAACUGUCAACUAGUGACAAUGAAAAUGGAGGAUUGUAUUGGUCUUUGUCUCACAGAAUCCCUCAAAAAUAUUUCGAUUGGAAAUUUCAGCUUCGCCCCUAAACCCCUUCAGCGGGGUGAUCUGAAGGGCAAUCAUUUUAGCAUCGCUCUACGGAAAAUAAUUGGUGAUAAGGGUCAUAUUGAGGCGAAUCUCAGAUCGCUUAAAGAUAAUGGGUUCGUAAAUUAUUAUGAAAACCUGCACUUUGGAUUAAUAAGAGAUGCCCCAAAACAUUUAAUCGGAAAGCAGCUUCUACUACAGAAAUGGCAAGAAGCUGUUGAUUUAUUUUUACAGCCUCAUCCCGAGUUGAAGAUCAGAGAUAAUCGGUUUAAGAAUAUUACAUUGGCUUGUAUUGAGUAUAAAUUCUCCAGAGUUGUCGAUCUAACUUUUGAUGAGGAUACACUAAAGAAUUCAAUAAAAGCCCAACUUUUGUCUAAUAUUCAAAUCCAUGGCGAAAAUCUCGAUAAAGCAGUAAAUGCUAUCCCUUUUUGUUUGCGACUUUCUUUUGUUCGCGCCUAUCAGUGUUUUCUCUGGAACACUAUCGUCUCCAAGCGCAUUGCAAAAUUUGGUGCAAAACUGAUUGUGGGUGAUCUAGUUUAUGCUCCAGUCGACAGUGGCGGACGUGAUAAUAAUAAGAGACAGCACAAUCAACGAGAAGUCAUUUUCAUCGACAAAAAUAACAUUAAUAAGUACACCAUCUACGACGUUGUUCUGCCGCUUCCUGGUUCUAAUAUUACUUAUCCGGCCAACGAAGUUGCCGACUGGUAUAAAGACCAUUUAUUGGCAGAUGGACUGUUGGAAAAGGAUUUCAAUUCGGGUUUAAAGACUUAUGGUAUUAAAAAUGGAGCUUAUCGACCCGUGGUGUUGAGGCCUUCUAAUUUGGAAUGGAAAUUCGUGCAUUACGAUAAUCCUGGCCAGAAGUUGAUUCCGUCUGAUUUGGAUCGACUACACCAAAUAGAGCUCCCAUCUGUCAGCUCGCAAGAAGGCGUAUAUCUUGGACUUGUACUCGAAUUCAGUUUGCCGGCCUUCGCUUGGGGGACUAUGGCUCUGAGAGAGAUCCUCAAGAUGGACAUGACAGCCGAAUUACGGAAAUCAUCCAAGGGAUUCCGUUGCAAGAAAACCAAAUUGAAAAAACAAGUUCGUUUGAACAAGGUGUGCCCUAAACAGAAGCGCCCAUCUCCAUUAGAAACCAAAGAAGCCGUCGAAGACCAGAUUAAGGAAACCAAGGAAAAGUCGUGCAUGACCGAUCCACCUCUAUCAGAAUCAAGCAAGUCUUUCUUAGACAUAAAUCAAAACCGUCUAGAAUCAGCAGCCAGCCCAUUAUCCAAGGGAAAAAUGCUCAGAGAAAUCAAGCCCGAAUCGGGCACUGUGGAAAAACAACCGUCAAUUGACAAUGAGUCAUUCGAGGAACCUCUCCAAACAAACAGAAUCGCCGAAAAACCAGUCGCCAGUAAACAAUUGGUGGAGCAACGUAAGAAUCAACAUCAAGAAUCCACCAGCGAGUCUCGGGAGUUCGAACUAAAAGGAACGCCGGCCACGAUUGAAAAUCAGACACCAGAAACCAGAGAGCCAUUUGAGAAACCUCUAUUAAAGGAAGAACCGGGGACCAGCAAACAAUCUGCACCAAUAGCAACAGAUUUUGUUUUAGAGCUACAGAAAAAUCUAGUUGUUCUACAGCCCCGCACUUGUCAAAAGUCUCAAUCCAUAGUAAACGAAUGCUUGAAGGAACCCCAAACUAAUGUUAAGGUCGAGUCCGGCAUUUGUCAAAUGCAUUCAUCAGCAUUCACCAAGUCUUGUGAGGAACCUGAGAAAAAGAAAAUCAAGUUAGAUCCGGAUCAAGAAGAAGAAGAAGUGUUAAUCACUCAGUCCUGCAAUGGCUCAAAGUUUAAGAGUAUCAUAUAUAUCGAUAUCAUUUCCGAUCAAGAGGAUUGAGUGCACUCGUCUUAGGUCCUCUGUUUUGAUGAACUUGAAAACCUUUAAGUCAUUUUCUUUCUUAUUGUUUUUUUUUCCAGUUUUUCUUUAUCAUUAUUAUUUAUUACCUUUUUUUUUGGUUUCCACUGAAGUUUAAUUUAAGUUAGUUGGCAAUUGUGCGCCGAUGGAAAAAUACCCUUAGCGGUUUAAUUUUGUUAAAUGGAAAAUGUUUCUUGUUUAUUUUCUUUUAAAAAGGUGCCUUAUUCAACGGGAAGUGUUAUACAACUGCUUGAAACACGAUUACCCUAAUUUUCUUCUGUUUGGAGAUUUGUGAAAGUGGUCAUUUGAAUUUAUGUGGUCCAACCCAAUCAACCCUUUCUCUUGUCUGGUCCAAGUUAAUAUUUAACGCUGUGAUAUGACUGAUAUCCAAUUCGAUAAUUCAGAACUAAUUGAAGUUAAAUAUAUUUUCAUUUGACCAAAA